AUGGCGCCAAAGAGAUACUUCGGGUAUGGAGAGGUAGCAACCAAGAGUGAGAGGUGGGGAAGGCAAAGGAGAAGAAAAGAGAAGAACGCACCUGGAGAGGCGGGAGCCAAAGUCGCCGAAGACCGGAAGGGUUCACCGCCGUAUGGAUACACCAUCAGUCGAGUUACGAGGUCGAAGGCGAGAUCCAGUGGCGGUCAGUCAGAUGCGUAUAGGAGAGGGAGUGACGGAUCGACCAGUAACAAGGAUACCCACAGAGAGGUGGAUCUACGGCGGGGAAGGGGCACGCAUAUCUCCGAUCGGGCCAGGUCAUACCUGUGA